UGGCCGCGUCGUUAUCGAGGAAACAGCGCAUAGCUUGCUGCGCGGGUCAACUUUUCGCAUCUCCCCUUCACUUCGCGAAGCUACCUUUUGUUUCCCUCAUCUGCUGACGUUGCUUUUCGGUUGUGGCUGGGAGGCGAAUGAGAUGACCUGCGGAACCAACGUGCUGCUGCUGCAUGGCGUCGUCCCGUCGCGGGCUGCCGGUGUGCCACGCGGGCGGCCUUCGGCGCUGCGUCCUGGCCGCGGUGCUGGCCAGCGGGUUCACGCUGGUCGUUUUCCAGCUCAACGUGGCCUCCAAGCAGGGCACGCCGCUGCCAUGGAUGUCGGCCAGCCAGGACGGGAACGGUACUGAGAGCAGGACGGAGCGAGCCCGCCGCAUCAUGGAGCGCCAGAUAUUCAGGGACAACGAGCGAGCCGGCCACCGACACGACGACCCGACCUCGUCGUGGUCACGCAACAAGUUGCCCUGGUUCUUCACCAACGGCACCGAAUGGCCUCGUCCGUCGAGCAGGCUGUCGAGGCUCCCGAAAGUGUGGCCCGACCCGCAGUCGCCGCACGACGACCGCAUCGUGUCGCAGCUAAUGUACCUGCCGCCCGGAUACAAGGCCCAGCCCAAGAGCGUCAACACGACUUAUAUACCGGACAAUAAGGAGCUGGAUCAGAUCCAUAAUGACCCGUCCAUGAAGACCAUUCUUCUGGACGGCAGCUGGUACGACUUCCUGAGUGGUCAGACGCUGUUCCUGCGUGACCGGUGUCCCGUGGACAAGUGCCGCGUCUACCAGAAGAGGACCUCCCAAGGCGACGCCGCGACGGCGGACGCCAUCAUAUUCAAGGACAGCUUCGGCGUGGGACCCGAGACGAGCAAAGGGAACCAGGUGUGGAUACUGUACCUGCUCGAGAAUCCCCUGCACUCGUACGUCGCGCAGGAAUCGAGCGGCAUCGACUGGACGGCCACCUACAGGAAGGACUCGGAUAUUGUGACGCCCUACGAAAAGUUCGUGCUCUUCGACCCGUUGGUGAAGACGAUAAAGCGCGACUACGACUACGCCCAGAACAAAACCAAGAUGGUCGCCUGGUUCGUCUCCAACUGCGCGGCGGCCAACGGGCGCUUGGAGUACGCGCAGAAACUGGGCCAGUACAUACAGGUGGACAUCUACGGCUUGUGCGGGCCCCUCUCGUGUCCGCGAGACCAGAGCGAGAGGUGCUACCAGAUGCUGGACAUGGAGUACUUAUUCUACCUGUCAUUCGAGAACGCCAACUGCAAGGACUACAUCACCGAGAAAUUCUUCAACGCUCUGCGGCACAACGUGGUCCCCGUGGUGAUGGGCGCUUCCCGCGAGGAGUACCUGGCCGCGGCUCCGUACCACUCGUACAUCCACGUGGACGACUUCGCGUCGCCCAAGGAGCUGGCCGAGUACCUGCACCUGCUCAGCCGCAACCGGACGCUGUACAACCAGUACUUCGAGUGGAAGGGCACCGGGGAGUUCGUCAACACGUACUUCUGGUGCCGCCUGUGCGCAAUGCUGCACGCGCCGCCAGCCCCGGCGAAGCGGCGCACGCAAAGCGUUCGCGACUGGUGGCGAAAGGAUGCGUGCGCGAACGAGCGAGAGUGAACGAUGCACCCUAAGCCGGGCUUCACUACAGGCUCGACGCGCAUUUUCACAGGACAUUACAGACACUUGGCAGGGGGACUCAUCCGUUCGGGCCAUUCCCCAACCGUCCAUCUCUGUUCUCGCGACUCGUUGGUGCGUGCCAUGCAGAGACUAAAACUGUACUUGAAACUGUGUGCAGCAGCCAAGCGGUGCAUGGGGUUUGCUACAUUUUCGUUGUCUCUUGUCGAUAUGUCGCGUUGUCCGUGCCUCGAUCCCACCCCCUUUACUCCUUCCUUCUUUCUUUCUCAAAGUCGUACCAAGUCAAGCUGUGCCACUCUGCGCAGCGCAACAGAAAGCGCAGAAAAAGAACAGCGUAGAACAACAAGCAGAACGACACAGAGCGGCGAAGCAGCUCACGCGCCCGAUCUGCUUGCUGGCCCGAUGUCUGUCACUGUAUUUGCGUUCACAUGUUUUCGCAUUUGUUAUUCCCGCUUCGGUGAAUUUGUUACCAUCUGUUUGUUUGUUUAAUGUUACAACAUGUCUUCGUGCUUGUUGGAGUGUCAUUUCAGUCUUUCAGGAGGGAGAGUGUGACAGUACUUCAUCAUAUCGAUGCGCGCGUAUUAGCGAAUUUUGGUGUACGCACCAAUGAAUGCGCAACACAGGCGUCGCUAAUCAUUUCUGGCUAUUUAUACCCCGUUGUUCAUUUCCGUCGUGUCGCGACGGCAGAAGAUGCACAUGGUAGGUGCAAUUUGUGAAUAAAUUUUAUCAAAGUUAUCGUUA